UCCUAAUCUUAACCUCGCACCAUCUACUGGUAUGUUGCACCAUCCUCUCGCCUUUCUUGUCCUCUCUCCACCAUCACCAGAAAAGGUUGGAUAGUCGUAGCCUGUCUUUGCUGAAACAUUAUCUCAUAGAUGAUGUUAGGUGCAGCUUCACUUACCUCAGUCACCAAUCAUGCCUCAAAUUAUAUCAUUAUGUCAACGCCAUCUCCCCUAUCUCCCACCAAAUUCGCAUUGACAUCUCACAAACCCACGAAUCCUUCUAGCAAAAGAAUACAAUUGAUUAAGACCCUAAAAAACCCCACUUUCGAACCCCUAAAGGAUCGACUGAUACGUUUAUCUAGUGUGGGUCAGAUUCAAGAAGCAAUUUCAAUCCUUGGUAUCAUGACCCAACAACACCAACUCACCCCUGACCUCACUGUCUUCUCCCUCCUGCUGAAAUCUUGCAUCCGAACCCGUAACUUUGAACUUGGGAAACUCGUUCACUUGAAACUCAACCAAUCUGGAAUAAAACUCGACUCAAUUGUACUCAACUCGCUCAUCACCUUGUAUUCUAAAUGUGGGGAUUGGGUUACUGCAAAAACUAUAUUUGAUUCCAUGGGUGAUGAUAGGUUAAGGGAUUUGGUUUCUUGGAGUGCCAUGAUAUCCUGUUUCGCUCAUAAUGGAAUGGAGUCACAAGCGUUGCUGACGUUUGUUGAGAUGCUUAGGCAUGGAGAACACCCUAAUCAGUUUUGUUUCUCAGCCAUGAUUCAAGCGUGUUGUAACGGAGAUAAUGCUUGGAUUGGAGAAGUGAUUUUCGGGUUUGUGAUCAAGACCGGGUACUUUGAGCUUGAUGUGUGUGUUGGGUGUGCUUUGAUUGAUUUGUUCGCGAAGGGAUUUCAUGACUUGGUGUCUGCUAAGAAAGUGUUUGAUAAAAUGCCUGAGAGGAAUUCGGUUACAUGGACCUUGCUGAUCACCAGAUAUGCGCAACUGGGACAUCAUGAAAAUGGGAUUCAACUUUUUUUGAGUAUGCUGUUGUGUGGGUUUAUGCCCGACCGGUUUACUCUGAGUAGUGUUGUGUCUGCGUGUGCUGAAUUGGGAUUUGUUUCAGUUGGUCAGCAAUUGCAUUCUUGGGUAAUUAAGUUGGGUCUAUGUUUGGAUGUCUGUGUCGGGUGCAGUCUUGUGGACAUGUAUGCAAAGUGUGCAACUACCGAACCGAUGGAGGAUGCUAGAAAAGUUUUUGAGCGGAUGCCUCAUCAUAAUGUGAUGUCUUGGACUGCGAUCAUUACAGGACAUGUGCAAAGUGGAGGUCUAGAUAAAAUUGCCAUCAAACUCUAUUGCAAGAUGAUCACACAAGGUGACGUCUUGCCAAAUCAAUUCACUUAUUCCAGCCUUCUAAAGGCAUGUGCAAAUCUUUCAAAUCUGGAAGUCGGUAAACAAAUUCAUAAUCAUGUAAUAAAAUCAGGUCUCGGGUCUGUGAACUGCGUGGGCAAUUCUCUUAUUAGCAUGUAUGCCCGAUCUGGUAGCAUGGAAGACGCCCACAUGGCUUUUGAAGUUCUACUCGAUAAGAAUUUGAUCUCUUACAAUGCUAUUUUGGAGGGGUAUGCCAAAAAUGCAGAUUCAGGCGAUGCCUUUAAGAUGUUUAAUCAAUUUGAGGAGACUGGGACCGGGGUCGAUUCUUUCACGUUUGCCAGCCUUUUAAGUGCAGCAGCCAGUGUUGGUGCUGUUGGAAAAGGGGAGGAAAUUCAUGCUCGGUUAGUAAAGUCAGGGUUGGAUUCAAAUCAAAGGGUAUGUAACGCCUUGAUAUCCAUGUAUUCCAGGUGUGGGGACAUAGAAGCCGCUGCUCGAGCUUUUAGCAAAAUGGAACAACGGAAUGUAAUAUCCUGGACUUCAAUUAUUACCAGUUUUGCAAAACAUGGUAUGGCAACAAGAGCUUUGGAAAAGUUUGAUCAAAUGCUUAACGCUGGCAUGAAACCAAAUGAAGUCACAUACAUUGCUGUUCUAUCAGCUUGUAGUCACGUUGGAAUGGUAAGUGAGGGUUUAAAACACUUCAAUUUGAUGUACCAUGAGCACAACAUAAGCCCAAAGAUGGAACAUUAUGCAUGUGUAGUGGACUUAUUAGGAAGGUCAGGCUCUCUUGAAAGGGCUCUAGACGUGAUCAAGUCUAUGCCUUUCAAGGUUGAUGCUCUUGUAUGGCGCACAUUACUUGGAGCCUGCCAAGUCCAUGGCAAUAGAGAGUUGGGAAAGUUAGCUGCAAAAAUGAUUACUGAGCAGGAUCCAGAUGAUCCAACUGCCUAUAUACUUUUAUCAAAUCUGUAUGCUUCAAAGGGCCAAUGGGAAGAAGUGGUGAACAUUCGCAAGACCAUGAAAGAAAGAAAGUUGGUGAAGGAAGCAGGUUGCAGCUGGGUAGAAGCUGAAAACAGAACACACAAGUUCUAUGUAGGGGAUACAUGUCAUCCGCGCACCAAUGAAAUAUACAAAGAGCUAGAUGAGUUGGUUAGGGACAUCAAGAAGCUGGGGUAUGUUCCUGAUACAGAUUUCGUUCUGCAUGAUCUGGAGGAGAAAGAAAAAGAAGGAUAUUUGGUUCAGCAUAGUGAGAAGAUUGCGGUAGCGUUUGGGCUGAUAAGCAUGUCAAAAACGAAACCCAUAAGGGUGUUCAAAAAUCUGAGGGUCUGUGGAGACUGUCAUACUGCAAUGAAAUAUGUAUCAGUGGCAAGGGGAAGAGAAAUUGUGGUCAGAGAUUCAAACAGAUUUCAUCACUUUAAGAAUGGCUCCUGUUCAUGCAACGAUUAUUGGUGAUUGAAGUUUGGAAAAUAGUUUCAAUCUUAAAAUAAAAUACUUUUUAUUUAUUUAUUUU